GGAAAUUCUACUCAUGAAGACCUGUUGAGCCCCAGCAAGAAGUUUUGGGAUGAGAAAAGUGGGACAAUGACCCCAAAUCAACAUUUCAGAAAAUCUUAAUAGAGACAUCAAAGCCAAGUGGCGGGACAAAAAAUCAAGAUGCCUGGUGAUGGUCUGGGAUGCAGUGGAUGACCUUGGCAUCUUCAAUGUCUGACCAAGCUCUUAAGGCUCCACCGCAUCUGCUUCAUUCGCCUUCAUGGCCAUUGUUCUCAUCCACCCGUUCUGCUGGGGGAAGUCUUCAUAUGCUUGGGGUAGACAUCCCCUUAACUCACUGAUAGGUUUGAAGCCUGUCAGUUACCCUUAACCUGGUUUAGCCCAUCUGCCAAGAUCAUUUACCCAGGUGUGGUCACUGCACAUACUACAGCUUCAUGGAGCCACAGAAUGCUAUGAAGUCCAAGUCAUUAGAUGUUCUGAGAAUCCCAAACAAGGAUGAGAAGAAAAAAGGCUGAAACGGAGAUUGCAAAGAGGGUGAAAAACUUAAGCCUCCAAGAAGACUUUCCAAUAAGUACCACUUACCGAAAAUCAGAACUAGCCAAAGCUUAUAAUGCUCCACUCUUGAGAAGCUAUAGGUUCAGAGAUGUUUUUAGGCUCACCAUUCCCUGUUCCUUAUGCAAUGAGGAACUUCGUCCAUCUGAAUUUUUCAUCCAUAAGAAAAAGCACAAGGCCAUGGGCAUGUUGGGCUACACCUGGGUAGCUGGGGAAAAACCAGAGAGACACAAGGUUCUAACAAAGAGGCAAUUCCUAAUCUCGACCUUCAUCGAAGCCCAUCUGUACAAUGAAAAAACCAAACGAAGCCUCGACAGUGCUUGUGAGUUCCUCUGUAAGCAUCCAGUACCUUCCUAUUACAAGAUUUUCAGCACUUCUUUCAAUAGCUCUGUGCACUUCAUGAAGACAAAUAAUCCUCUAGUAAAGUCUGUUGCCAUCUGUGAAGACCAGAACAAAACAUGGCGGCCGGUAAUGGAAGACCGAUAUAUCUUCCGGGGCAAAUUCGGGCAGAAAUUCAAUACGUGUUACUUUGGCCUGUUCGAUGGACACCAUGGCUCGGUGGCAGCUGAAACCAGUGCAGCAGAACUCCAUAAGUUUCUUCUGGAACAACUCUCUCAAUAUGAUCCUUCUUAUAAGAUGACCAGCAAACAACAAAAAUUUGUCCAUUCUUUCAAUACGGUCUUUAGGCGGGACUACAGGACGCAAGAAUACCACUUUUCUUCCCAGAGGAAAAGUAACUGUUCCUAUGAGCUGGUCCAUAAGGCCUUUGCCAAAGCUUUCUGGAGGAUGGAUAGAGUUCUGAAACUUGGGAGGCAGGAAAUGUCCUCUUUCUACUGGAGUGGCUGUUCAGCGGUCACCUGUUUGCUGGAAUGUGAUGCACACAGUUCUUCUUCCUCUUUGGAAAGUACCAGUAGUAAUUCAGAAGAAGGUUUAGAUGAAACUGGAAUAUUACAUGUUGCUAACGUGGGUAAUGUACACGUAGUGUUAUGCAAAAAUGGGAAAGCCCAUCUUCUUACAAAAGACCAUACAACUCAAAGUGUAAGUGAAAGAGACCGUGUAUUAAGUAGAGGAGGAAAAAUCAGCACCAAUGAACCAACUGGAUUCACUGAAGAGACUGUGAAAAUAACUCGUGGGCUUGGGUUUCAUGGAAAUGCAAAGCUGAAACGGUCUGUUAUUCCAGCGCCUCAAACAAUCUCUGUCCAUAUAGAUAAUUCUUGUCAAUUCCUUAUUGUUGCUACAACUGGACUUUGGGGGGUUUUAGAUAAAAAUGAAGCUACAGCUAUAGCAAUGUCACUGUUUAGCAUAUACACGGAUGCAUAUAAAAGUAGGCGAGACACGUAUAAGUCAUUUCAACAAAGAAUGUCUUUUUUACCUAGUAUAUCAGCUUCAAGUAUUAGUACACAAGAUAGUAAAAUCAAAUUACUGUACCGUAAUUCAGCAGCAUUUCGGAGAGUAGGAUACCCACAGGAUAUCACACGUGAAAGUUCAAGACAAAGCUUGAUGAGCAGAAAAAAUUCUCUAAUUUCAGAAAAUUUAGAUAAAUCUAAUGGUUCAAAAUCUAGGUUAAACAGUAAAACAGAAAUUUCAAGUGCAAGACCUUUCUAUUUGUAUGGCAUUGAGGAAAGUGAUGAAACAAGUAGUUUAUCUGAAUCAUCAAAAUCAGAUCUAGAUAGUGAAAUACAAAAAAAUUUCUAUGAUUAUGCAGCAGAAUAUGUAAGUCACGGACUUGUAAAAGCUGCAAUGACAGCAGGAUCCAGGGAGAACAUUACGGUGCUGGUGGUAGUUCUCGAAGGAUGUGACAGUCAGUUACAAGGACCUUAAUCCUAUCCUUUCUCUUUUGGACUACAGAAACAAGUACCAUAAAGAAACCAUAUGUACUAUAUUUGUAUAGUACUGUUUAUAAUCUUGCUUUGAAUACAUAUUAUGUGUGUAGGGGGGUGAUAGGGAAUGGUUUCUCACAUAUGUGGUACAAUAAAUUUGUUUUGUGAUUUUAAUAAAGAAUGAUGAAUGCAA